AUGUAUCCGUCACUCCAAUUGAUGUCACUGAAAUUAAUAAUUUAAUACUUGAUCCAGUGAAUUAUUGUUUAUUUAACAGCUCACUUACUGGAAAAAUGGUGAAUCCCAUUUCAAUACGACCCUUAAAACAACAAUUUGUAUUAGUGAGUUAUUUAAAUAAAAUUAGUGAUAAUAAUUAUGAAGAAUGGGGAACUGUUUUGAAUUGGAAAGGCGAAAAUUUAAGUUCAAUACUUCUUGAAUCGUCAAUUUCUAGCCUUGAGGAUCAUCAAAUUUUAAUUGAAAUAAACAUAAACAAAGAACUAGGAUUUCUUGGAGCAGCAAUCAAGAAAAACUCAAGCAGUAUCGCAAUCACGCAGUAUUCAGUCGAUGUUAAUGGAGCAUUAUCUGCGAGGUUUAAAAACUAUAUUAGAAUAGGUUUAUUUAUCAAUGCCACCUUUUUUACGUCAUUGGCCACCGUUGAUGAAGGUUAUGCAAUAUUGUAUGCCAAAUAUUCGGUCAAUAGAUCCGAUUUUAUGAGUUCACUUGGUGGAUUAUAUGUUAGCUUUAUAGACUACAAUACAACAAAUUCAUCUUCCAUUGGCAAUCCUAUCCUUCUUUUUCAAAUAACUAAAGCUGAAAUGAAAAUUAAUGCAGUUCCUUGUAAUGCAUAUUUUGGAUUUGCAGCAAUUAUAGGUUCCGGACAAUUGUUCAAUACUCCCAACGAAACUAGUAUGCCCUGGAAUGUUGUGUCUUCAACACCAGUCGGCGGAUACAUAUUUUCUGCUGUGGUUAAUACCGCUUGCUUAAUUUAUAUCUAUGACUUUGAUCGUCAUACAAAAAAUAUUCCGGUUAACUUGACGACAACUGGUAUUUGUGAUGCAUAUAGUAUCUUGAAAAAUAAUAAUACCCUUUUAUUCUCUCUACGAAAUAUAAAUGAUAAAAAUACAUCUUGGUCUUUGCUUGCUGUUCAGUUACCUGAAACACCAAAUU